UUUUGCAUUGCGGUUUGCGGCAGAUGGUGAUCGCAUUACACUUGUUUUUCGUAUUUUCUUAAAAUUCCGCACUUUCACUAUAUUAUUAUAAAUAAAUUGUGCAAUAAAUUACCUAAUUGGGCGGCCCUUACCUGUUGCAUCUGAGAAUUGGAUGCAAAUGCGUAAUUAUGAGAUAAAGUGUGUUUUUACAUAGAUACUUGUUUUUGUGUGCAAAUUGUUCCUGAUUUUGGCGAUUUUAUAAUUAAUCUACGGCGUAUGGAUUAAAAAGAACCAUGGACACCAUUGUAAAUAGCCGAUUAAACGAUCAGCAAUGAAAAGAAUGGGUCACUUCCAUCGAGCUCCGUCUUUACACAUUUUUCAAAUUAAGUCGGCGCGCGGGACCGCUAACCGCAUGCGUUGAUGGGAGCUACGUCGAACGGGGGCGGGGGGCGGGCAGCGCGUGCGUUGCGGCUUUUAUUACUGGCGGUGCUUGCGCUUGCGGCGGUCGAGUACCUCUUCGGCUCCAUCCUGGACGCCUCGCCCCUCCGCACUUACUUGUACACGCCGGCUUACAACGCGACGCAGCCCAUCAAAAUAACUGAAAAAUCAUCUCUCUGGCCUAAAAAGCUGCCUUCCACAGCAGAGGUUAUAACUGAAAACCCCACAAUUAUAUUAGCCCCAAACGCCACUGCCAAAUCUUCUAGCGAAAACACAACAACGAGUGUUGCCAAUAUUACGGCACAAAAUAUGACCCGGUUAAAUGCAAGUGAACGUCCAUCGCCUCUCCCCGGUCAAAUGGAAACUAAUGUAAACUUCAAAGGCGAAACCUAUGAGCUGAAUCAAAAGGAGCCGGUGUUGCCAUUAUGUGAACUUCCAUCAGAUUUAGGUCCAAUAUCGCUAAAUAAGUCAGACAUGAAACUGGAAAUGGUGGAGAAGAAAUACCCGGAGGUGCACUGGGGCGGGCGGUACUCGCCUCCGAACUGCACCGCGAAACACAAGGUUGCCAUCAUCGUGCCAUUUAGGGACCGCAAGAAGCAUUUAGCUAUAUUUUUAAAUCACAUGCAUCCAUUUCUGAUGAAACAACGAAUAGAAUAUGGGAUAUUUAUCAUCGAGCAAGAAGGUUACAGUGAAUUCAAUCGCGCCAAACUAAUGAACGUGGGUUACGUGGAGAGUCAGAAAGAGAAGGCUGGUGGAUGGCAGUGCUUCGUGUUCCAUGACAUAGACCUGCUCCCACUGGACCUGCGGAACAUAUACUCGUGUCCGCGACAGCCGCGCCACAUGUCCGCGUCCAUAGACAAACUUAAAUUUCAACUACCCUACGAAGACCUAUUUGGAGGAGUGUCAGCCUUGACGAAGGAGCAGUUUUGGGCUGUCAACGGCUUCUCCAACAAGUACUGGGGGUGGGGAGGGGAGGACGAUGAUAUGGCUUAUAGGGUUAAGAAAAUGGGGUAUCAUGUUGCUAGAUAUAAAAUGUCUAUCGCUCGGUACGCUAUGUUAGAUCACAAGAAAUCAGCGCCAAAUCCAAAAAGGUAUCAACUGUUGUCCCAAACGUCAAAGAUGUUUCAUAAAGAUGGCCUAUCAACCUUAGAGUACGAGCUGGUCCAAACAACUCACCACCAUCUGUACACCCAUGUGCUAGUUAAUAUAGACGAGCAUAGCUGAUGGACAUAUUUCGCCAGGCUGUUGUUUGGCGAUGAACGGUAACGACGGUGCUUGGACGCUCAAUGCUCCUAUGAAGGUAUGAUCUCCUAGUCUCGUUUCAUAAUACCUCUAGUUUUCUCGUUUUAAGAUGUCAAUCAGCGUAUACACAAAUUACACACGGCGUUUUUCGUACGCAUGUCCGUAUUUUUAUUUAAAUCAGAACAAUUUCUUGUACGAAUUACGUGAUUUGAAGAAAAUGUUAUUUGUGCUGGUUGUAAGAUUGUCCUUCGAAUAUUUCUGCAAAUGAAAAAAUGCUGUGUGUCGGUUGCAUGAAUACGGAUUCUUUGCAGAAAUACUAUAGAAUAGUAAAUGUAGAUUUCUCAAGAAACUAUUUUGUGAAUAGUAAUAAUUAUAUAAUAUAUCAUGUUUCAUACUAUGUUACAGAUUAGAUAAUGUAACAUAAAAGUAUUUCUAUAUAUAUUGUCUAAUAUUUGUAUCUAUCGUUACAUUUUAUUUUUAUCAUUUUUUUUAUCUUAUUUUUGUACCUAUCUAUAACGUAUCAUCAUAAUCUCCAAAUUUAUAGUGACAAUAUUUAUGUAAAAAAUAAAAAUAUAUAAGAUAAUAAGUGAAAAUAAUAAUAAUAAUAGUAAUAGUUAACUAAAACUGCUAUCUUGUUGUCGACCAGUUCGGUCUAAGUAUUACCCAAUGAUUCUGAAAAAGUUACAUUCCAGCCCUGUUAUUAAAUAAAUAUAUCAUAAUCUUCUUAAAAUAGGUCAAUUUAAUGUUUUUUAUGCUUCAGAUUUUCUCAAUUAUAUAUAUUUUAACAAGUAAAUAUAUAUCUUAUUUUGUUAACGAUGUGAAUAACAACUUCAUUUUAAUCCGAUGCUUUUAAAAUGGCGCUAGUGUGCGCUCUUAUAUUUAUUGUUAUAGUUUACUUAUUGCAUUUAUGUCAAGAUAUACACUAGUUAUAUGUUUAUUUACUUACGGCCUAAAUCAAUUGUGAACUAUAUAGUAAAAUAAUUAUAUUAUAGAUCCAUAAACUCAUAAUCCUGUAUAUAAUAUUAUAUUUAUUAAUAUAUCUUAGCGCCUAAAAAAAUGAUUUUUGCGCCAACUAAUUUAUUUUAAGCUUAUGAAUUUUGUUGGUAUCUGUAUUUGCACUUUGUUUACCAUAUUAAAUUUCAUGAUUGAACGAUACAUAUAUAUUGUAUAAAUUAUUGAGUACUUACCUAGUAUAUACAAUAUUAUGUACAUAGCAUGUUGUUGAAAUGGGACUUUUAUCACUUGAGGACAAAAUAUACAUAUUCGUUAAGCGCAAGUUUAGUUUCCUGAAGAGUAAUUCAUACUAUAAACAAACUUGAAACACGUGUAUCUCAUCGUUAAGAAUUUAUGUGGAAUCUCACUCGGCGAAUAGACUUAAACUUCUGUAAAAUCUAGAUUCUGUAUUUUUUUAGAACUAUUAAACAUUUGUUGAAACGUGUCUUUUUUUGUUUGUCCAUGUAGUCAUUAUUAAAAUUCGGACUUGGUUUUUCUAUCAUGUAUUUUUGCAACUGUUACCAAAAUCUAUUGAUUGCUAUUCGAUUUUUUUUUUUAAAUUUUCAAGUUAUAGUAAGGUUUAUUUUGUGCUAGGUAUUGAAUAUUUGAUUCGAAUUUUAAGUACAUAUUCCGAUAUUUAUUUUUCAAGAAUGCGUCUCAAUUUUUCAUGAGUGUGUAAAUAUUUUUUAUUACUUGCUUAGUGUAAGGGAUACAAUGUGAUACAAUAACGGUAAAUGAUAAUUAAGUGUCUAAGAUAAACCAUUGCUUAUAAAGCCAAUAUAAAAUAGUAUAUUUUAUUACAUUCACUUUUUUAAUCUAAUGUGGGGCAAACAGAAAAUAAUAAAUUUUCGUCGAAAUGAAUCUCAAUUGAAUUGUUUUAUUAUUAUUUUCACAAUAUAUACUUAUGUGUAUUUCAUUUACACUUUACUUACACAAUCUAUCACAUUUUUAAUUUACUUUUUAGAAAUAAAUAUUUAAAAUUUAGAUAAUUGUUUAAUGAAAGAGCAAUGGUUUAUCUUAUGGCAGGCCUAUAUAAGGGACUGGAUUGUUUUUUAACCUAUUUUUUUAUUUAUUUGUGAUACUUUAAUCAAUUAAUCGUGUAAUAAUCUAUGAAUUUACUUUAUUUUUUACAAAGACAGACACAUGUGUGCAUGCGUUUUAUAUAUAAUACGAAUGAAAAAACAUGAGUGUAUGUUCAGAUAUUAAAAAAAUAACCUUUCAAAGCAGGUUACGAAAGAUCUUUUUAGACCAUUAAGCAUUAUUGAUAUCAAACGGUUUCGGAAUUGUAUACUAUAAAUAAACAAAUGUUUGAAGUACACGAUUUUGUCAAUACUUAAUAGUGUAGAUUUUUACAAAAGUAAUUACAAUAAUGUAAAUUAAGUACGUAGAUGUUUUAUACUCCAGCCACGAAUACUACUCAUUACUGCGAUAUAAUAACUAAUGGAUAACAAGCAAAUUCAUUUAAGAAUUUCAAUUAUUUGGUUCGUGGAUUUCAUUCUCCUAUAUUCGCAUGAUAAUAUUCAUUAUUAGUUUGAAAUUUUAAGAGAUUAGCUGCUUAGCUAAAUAAUUAUGUAUAUGUAAUAUAUGUACAGGGUGUAAAUAAAAAAUAAAUUGAAAAUCAUUGAUGACUCAUUGUUGGAACACCAACAUUAAAAAGUUUGUUUUUUUUAUAUUUAAUUUUUUGGUUACGGCAACAAUGUCUGUAUCGAAUUUUUUCUCUCUUGUUCGUUCUCCCUCUAAUAAACGGUCACGUUUCUCCGUAGCUCCUGGAUUUUUAUUUUUACCAGCCUAAAUCUACAGUCCGCUAUAAUUCAUAUUUUACAUUUUUAUUCAUGAUCCUUCGAGCCGGAUCGCCGUAGAUUUAGGAUGGUAAAAAUAAAAAUCCAGGAGCUACGGAGAAACGUGACCGUUUAUUAGAGGGAGAACGAACAAGAGAGAAAAAAUUCGAUACAGACAUUGUUGCCGUAACCAAAAAAUUAAAUAUAAAAAAAAACUUUUUAAUGUUGGUGUUCCAACACUCAUAUAAAGAAAAUAUAAUUAAAAAUACAGAAUUAUUUCGAGGUGUUUAUCGAGACGUUUAUAUAAUGUUUCAAAUUGUUUUAUUUUGGGCAUGUUUCACCACUUUCUGAUAAAAUAUAAUAAUGUAAUCUGUCAGAUAAACUAACUACUAGAUAAAUCUGUCUGAAAUUUUUUACAAGUUAGCCUUAUCCAACACUUAAAACACAAUGUUUAAAGCUAUCUCAUAACAUAUAUGUAUGUAUAUGCUAUCAAAUACUUUGAAAUGUAUAUAUAACAGUUUUUUAAACGCCCACAAAAUCACUAAGUACUAUUUUUAUUUUCAAAUGAAGGCGUUUAAUAAUUUAGUAUCUGUAUAGUUAUCCCAUAUAAAAUACAUACAUUACAUAAUCAAAAUUGAAAAUAUUAAGUGGUAAGACCUCAGACUGAAUAAAAUUAUAAUUUUAAUUAAACACUAAUGGACAACAUUUAAUUUUGAUGACACCGAUUACACCUUGUAUGAAUAAGUUUAGAUAAAAUGUACAGAGUUAAAACGCCAAUUUAAUGAGUUUGCUUUUAAUACAUUCUACUAAGAACCAACCAGAUUUCGUAGUAAGUAGUUUUUAUACGUGAAAAUUGUAAUCUAAACUGUAAUAUAUUACUAUAGGAGUAACCCGCUUAGCCAUCCAAAUUUAUCAUACUUACGUAAUAUUAGGAAAUAGAAAUAGGCCGUUAUUGAGUUACUUAAAAAGUGAUAUGUAAUAAUGUACGAUCAUUAUUUUUGUCAAAAUUGUUUUUAUGAAUACAUUGUUUGUUUGAUAA